CACAGAGGUAGCUCCUCCGCCAGCAGCAACUCGGCGCCCGCGGUCCAUGGACCGGAACCCCGGGCCGACGGGCAGGAACCCGGGCCGCGAUUGCCGCCUCCCCGCCCCAGGCUCCUCCUCCUCGCUCUCCACCGCCUCCUCCGGACGCCCGCAGGACGCGCACCGCCGCCUCCGGGCUCGCGGAGCCACCCCGGGAGGUUGGGCAGCGGGUUCGCGGCUGCCGCCGGACUGAGGCCUACUCCGCCGCCUCUCAGUGCUAUUGUCCCUGGGCCCGGCCCUGACCAGGUCCACUGGGGAGGGCCGAGUGCGCCGGCUCCGCCGAAGAUGCCGGACCAAGCCCUACAGCAGAUGCUAGACAGAAGUUGCUGGGUGUGUUUUGCCACUGAUGAAGAUGAUAGAACAGCUGAAUGGGUGAGACCAUGCAGGUGCAGAGGAUCUACAAAAUGGGUUCACCAGGCUUGUCUACAGCGUUGGGUAGAUGAAAAACAAAGAGGAAACAGUACAGCCAGAGUGGCAUGUCCUCAAUGCAAUGCUGAAUACUUAAUAGUUUUUCCAAAGUUGGGUCCAGUUGUUUACGUCUUGGAUCUUGCAGAUAGACUGAUCUCAAAAGCGUGUCCAUUUGCUGCAGCGGGAAUAAUGGUUGGCUCUAUCUAUUGGACAGCUGUGACUUAUGGAGCAGUGACAGUGAUGCAGGUUGUAGGCCAUAAAGAAGGUCUGGAUGUUAUGGAAAGAGCUGAUCCUUUAUUCCUUUUAAUUGGACUUCCUACUAUUCCUGUCAUGCUGAUAUUAGGCAAGAUGAUUCGCUGGGAAGACUACGUGCUUAGACUAUGGCGCAAAUACUCAAAUAAACUACAAAUUUUGAACAGUAUAUUUCCAGGGAUUGGUUGUCCUGUUCCUCGAAUUCCAGCUGAGGCUAAUCCUUUAGCAGAUCACGUCUCUGCUACCCGAAUUUUGUGUGGAGCCCUUGUCUUUCCUACUAUCGCAACAAUAGUUGGUAAACUGAUGUUCAGUAGUGUUAACUCUAAUUUACAAAGGACAAUCUUGGGUGGAAUUGCUUUUGUUGCCAUAAAAGGAGCAUUCAAGGUUUACUUCAAACAACAGCAAUAUUUACGUCAGGCACACCGCAAAAUUCUAAAUUAUCCAGAGCAAGAAGAAGCAUAAAACUGUGACUUCUAGUUGUUCUGCAGUCCUAUCAUC